AUGGAUCUUCCCCGUAAGUCGUGUGAGCAUAGACUACACUAUCCCCUAGCUAAAUUCCAGAUAGCUCUUAUACCACUGUUUGACAGGUCUUUCGACCCACGCACAUGGAAAGUCAAGAUACCCCUACCCCAACUGAAGCUUUGCCUAGAGUCAUUAAUUCUGUCACGCACUCGUCGCUUGACGUCCCCCUGGUUCUUCGUGGUCUUCGGAGCAGCUUAUAUAAUAUCCGUAUCCUUUUUAUCUCGCGCGUCCUCGUUCCAAACACCGUCAGACGCGUGGCUCGGAUGCACCUCGACGUUUUGGCUGAAGGACGACGGUUGCGGUUUAAAUGGCCAAUCGUGUUCACCCUUCGACAACGUAACCUAUGACUUUCGAUGUCCUGCACAAUGCAGUUCUGUCGUACUUCAAAACCCUCGGGUGGUUGGGAUUGAAUCCGUGGACUUCGUCCCGCUCCUAGUAGGAGGUGGGGACGACCAAGCGACAUAUCGAGGAGACAGUUUCAUCUGUGCAGCCGCCAUACAAUCCGGGUUGGUUUCCAAUUCAAGAGGUGGUUGCGCCUCUCUACGUCUCGUGGGCAACUUUACAGACUACCGACCACGUAGUGGCCACGGCCUCACAUCCAUCGGAUUUCCUACAAUAUUUCCGUCGUCAUUCCGCUUCUUACCAUCCACGCCUCUGCACCAUUGUUCCGACCUUCGCAACGAAGCUUUGGCUUUGAAUGUUCUCGUCACAUGCAUCAUAUUCCUCGUCCUCCGUCCAAGACCUAUUGUUCUCUUCUGGUCUUUGGUCUGCAUCGGCUUUUGGCAUAUAACGCUAUUUUCCCAACCCCGCAGCCUUCCACCCGAUAUCAGUGAUGGCAUUGGUACGUUUCUUCCGGUUCUCUUUAUCGCGUAUGCCUUCUGGCGAGUGGCCUGGAGGUUCGUGUUGCCGGCGUUCUCGAAUGCACCUUUCGAAAGGAUGAUAUGGUACUUGGGACCGUUCUGGGUGGGCGUGCUCACCAACCUGACAACGGACAAGAUUCCUAUCGAUCGUCUGACGGCAUCCGAUAUCAACCAGCAAGCUGGGGGUGUCACCUCGCUUGUCAUCAUCUGCGUGGUCCUCCUGUUCAUUGUCAUCAACCAAGUUCGUGUCAUUCGCAAGACAGGUUGGCUCCCAUGGUACGCCAUGUGGUACGCCAUUGGCGGGCUUGUGGUCAUGGUGUUUGCGCUUCUCCCCACGCUCAACCUUCGCAUCCACCAUUACAUCUUGGCGAUUGUCUUGAUGCCGGGGACAGCGUUCCCGACUAGAUUAUCAGCUAUAUAUCAAGGACUAUUACUAGGGAUGUUCCUCAAUGGCGCGGCGGCAUUCGAUCUCGCAUCGAUGUUUCAGACUGCUGCAGAGCUUCAACGCGAUGCAAUAUCAGGAUCUGCUUUGCCUACCUUCUUGACAAACUCCACCACAUAUAAUGCUUCAAUUCCGUUGCACCAACAGAUUAUCUCUUGGGCACCACCUGACGGCGAUUGGGACGGAUUCAACCUUCUCGUCGAUGACGUCGAGCGUUACAGCGGCGCAGCUCUGAAUUACUCUCUCGCGGCCUUACAGGAAGGCAUACCGCACUUCUUCAGACUGGCAUUUACCAGUCAAGGAUCAGACGGUGAUUUCACGAUGGCAGCUACGUUAUGGCCAAAUGGAACAUGGGUAGACCCGCCUCCAGGUGGAUCGUAG